CGACCCCUUCGCGCCAAAACAGGACCACCACUGCUGCAACCAACAACGACGAUAUGAGUGCAGAUGGCGACAUGCAGAAGCAAGGCUUCUGCCGCUUCUUCCAGUCCCUGCCGGAGAAGCCAGCGACCACGAUUCGCUUCUUCGACCGCAACGAUUACUACACGCUGCAUGGGGAUGAUGCGCUGUUCAUGGCCAAGACGGUGUUCAAGACAAUGGGCGUUGUCAAGCACUGGGGCCCACAGAAGCUGCCGUCCGUGAACAUGAGCCACAUGGUGUUUGAGAACACGGUAAAGGACCUCCUCCUCAUCAAGAACUACAGGGUGCAGGUCUACUCCACCAAAGGCAACAAGAGCGGCAAGUGGGAGCUCGUCAAGAAGGCGUCGCCGGGCAACACACAAAUGUUCGAGGACAUCCUGUACGCUGGCGGCGUCAACUCUUCCUCCAUUGUCAUGGCCGUCAAACUCGCCACAGAGGGGCAAGAGCGGGUUGUGGGGCUUGCCUUUUGCGAUGUGACGGCAAAUGAACUGCGUGUGUGCGAGUUUGUGGACAAUGACCAGUUUUCCAACCUCGAGGCGUUGGUGGUGCAAGUCGGCGCGCGUGAAUGCCUCAUCACCUCCGACAAGUCCAACCCGGCACUGGCAAAGGUGGCGCAGGUUGUGGAGCGCUGCAACGUCAUGGUCACACAGCGCAAGCGGUCCGAGUUUCAGCACAAGGACAUUGAACAAGACCUUGGGCGCCUGCUGAAGUUGGAGGACGACCAGACAGUGUCCACGCUUCCACAGAUUGACAAGAAACAUGCGAUGGAUUGCGUCAAUGCCGUCAUCAAAUACCUGGAGCUGCUCAGCAACGACGAAAACUUCAACCGCUUCUUCCUCCUCGAAUUCAACUUCAAACAGUACAUGCGCCUUGACGCCGCGGCGGUGCGUGCGCUGAGCAUGUUCCCGACCAUGGGCGAUGGCGGCCAGAAGUCGCAGAGCCUGUUUGGACUGCUGAACAGGUGCAAGACCGCACAGGGCCAGCGGCUGCUGCAGCAGUGGCUCAAGCAGCCGCUGCUUGAUGUGGCCAAGAUUGCGGAGCGGCACAACGUUGUCGACAUUCUCACCCACGACGACGAAAUGCGAACGGGGCUGAUUGAUGUGUUGCGGCGAUUUCCAGACCUCAACAGGCUGUCAAAGAAAUUCAUGCGCAAGAAGGCGCAACUGCAGGAUUGCGUGCAAGCAUACGACGCCGUCCUCAAGAUCCCCAAGCUGACGGCGCUGCUGUCUGAAUACCACGGGGAGCACGCGCCGCUGCUCAAGGCCCUCUUUCUCGACGACCUCGCAGACCUCGCCGUGGAUUUUGCCAAGUACAAGGAGCUGAUUGAGAAGACGAUUGACCUGGCCGAGGUUGACAACCACCAGUACCUCAUCAAGCCAUCCUUCAACGAAGACAUGCAGUCGGCGCGCGAUCGUAUGGAUGAGCUGCAAGGCCAACUGCCAGCCGUCCUCUCAAAGGCGUCAGCGGACUUGGGGCUGGACGCCCAGAAAACCGUCAAGCUCGAGCGCGACUCGAAGACAAACCAAUUCCACUUCCGCGUCUCCAGGACACACGAGAAGAAACUCCGCGGCAGCCGCCAGUACGAAAUCCUCGAAACGCUCAAGAACGGCGUCAAGUUUGUCAACAAGCGCCUCAAGACCAUCAACGAAGAGUAUGUCGGCUGCUACGAGCAAUACCUGCGCAUCCAGGAAGAAGUUGCGCGAAAAGUUGUUGAGGUUGCGAGCGGAUACGCCACACCCAUGGACGACCUCAACUGCGUCUCAGCGCACCUGGACGUGUAUGUGUCAUUUGCGGUCGCCGGCAUUGAGGCGCCGAUUCCAUACGUCAAACCAACAAUGACGCCAAUGGGGGAGGGUGAUCUUGUGCUGCGCGGGUGCCGCCACCCAUGUGUUGAAGUGCAGGAUGACGUCAACUUCAUCGCCAACGACGUGCGCAUGAACAGGAAAACAGCGGAACUGCAGAUCAUCACAGGGCCAAACAUGGGCGGAAAGUCAACAUACAUCAGACAGAUUGGCAUUGCGGUGCUGCUGGCACAGAUUGGCUGCUUUGUUCCCGCGCAGGAAGCGAGCAUUUGCGUGUGCGACAGCGUGCUUGCGCGCGUUGGCGCUGGUGACAGCCAGCUCAAGGGCAUCUCCACAUUCAUGGCGGAGAUGCUGGAAACGGCAUCCAUCCUCAAGUCUGCAACAGCAAACUCGCUGGUGAUCAUUGACGAGCUUGGUCGCGGCACCUCCACCUACGACGGCUUUGGCCUCGCGUGGGCAAUCUCAGAACACGUUGCCAAGCACAUCCACUGCUUUUGCCUCUUUGCGACGCACUUCCAUGAGCUGACAGCCAUGAGCAGCGAGCUUCCCAACGUCACCAACCUGCACGUCGACGCCAUGACCUCCAAUGGCGCUCUUACCCUCCUCUACAAGAUCAAGCCAGGCGUGUGUGAUCGCAGCUUUGGUAUUCACGUUGCAGAGCUCGCAGACUUCCCUGAGCAAGUCGUUCAGAUGGCAAAGGACAAGGCGGCGGAGUUGGAGGAGUUUGCGCAGGAUGGAAAUGACGACGAAGAAGCAAAUGAUGAGGGCGAGGGCCAGGAAACGCCAACCAAGCGCGCGAAGCUCUCCGCCAACGAGAAAGAGCGUGCGCUGCUGUCGUUUGUGAAGCACGCUGCGCAGAUUGACCUCGAGCGCGACCCCGUGGCCGUCCUCAACGACCUGCGCGCUCUUCGCAAGGACGUGCCCGCCUGAUUUCGCUUGCUUGCAAGCAUGAUGGCUGGUGGGUGCAUGCGUGCUGGGGCAUUGCAAGCUGUGUUUGGUGCAAGUGCCCAGAGUGUCUCUCGUGCCGCUUGCUGGUGGUUCUGUCGUUUUCUCGUUGGCCAACCGUGCAACGCCAACCGUGCAAGGAUCAGUUCGUUUUGGCGUUUCGUCUAUGUUCUUGUUAACCGCACACACUUUAGCAAAUACAAUGAAGCGAAAUGCAAUGUUGUUGCACGAAUAAGCAACGCUCGGCGCCAAACGCACGCUCUAACCAG